AUGAUUCUCACACCUUUAUAUGCUCUAUUAGUCUGUGCCAAUGUUUUGCUGAUUAUAGUUAUCUGUCUGAACAGAAGUUUAUAUGAACCCAUGUACCUGUUUCUGUGCAGCCUGUUUGUAAAUGAACUGUAUGGUAGCACAGGGAUGUUUCCAUUCCUGCUGGUUCAGAUCCUCUCUGAUAUUCACGCUCUUUCUGUAGCUUUUUGUUUCCUGCAGAUUUUCUGUUUGCACUCUUAUGGUGGUAUACAAUAUUUAAACUUAGCCAUCAUGUGUUAUGACAGAUACCUCGCUAUCUGUUGUCCUCUACAAUAUAACACACGUAUGACAUUUAAGAAAAUUGUCACACUCAUCACUGUAAUAUGGUUAUACCCUUUACUUGUGCGUGUUAUCAUUAUAUGUUUGACUUCACCUUUACAGCUGUGUGGGAACAUCAUUGAAAAAGUUUACUGUGACAGUUACUCUGUUGUCAAGCUGGCCUGCUCUGUCACCAAAGUUAUUAACAUUUAUGGACUCAUUACCGCUUUUAGCACAAUCAUCCUUAAGGUGUGUUUUUCUGGCUCUAAACAGACCAGACAGAAAGCUGUCAGUAUCUGCACACCUCACCUUGUUUCUCUGCUCAACUUCUCUUUUGGGGCUAGCUUUGAAAUAUUACAGAGCAGGUUUAAUAUGAGCAAUGUACCUAAUAUGUUGCGAAUAUUUUUUUCAAUAUACUGGGUUACAUGCCAGCCGCUCUUCAAUCCUUCAAUGUAUGGCUUGAAUAUGUCUAAAAUGCGUAUCAUAUGUAAAAAUCUGCUCUUUGCUGAAAUGUAG